GAAGUAGACUUUAGAGGAAGAAGUAGUAAGACGCUUGGAGAUAAACAGCGUUUCUUGAGAUUCUGGGUGCGGGUUCACAGAAGCUUAGGUAGUCUGUGUUAGCUAGGAGAAACUCAAGAGGUUUCAGUCACCUCUCAGGAAGGAGCUCCUUCUCUGCUGAGCCCGAUCUGAUUUUGGUAGGGCAGGGGGUGGCAGGAUCUGGAUUUGGUAGGUCAGGAUGAAUGAACCGCGGGCCUUCUGCUAACAGUCCCUUUGAGAAAUCAGGUCUACGCUCUUCAGCAGUGGGGACCUGGAGAAGAGCUGACGCUUUAGUUGCUUAUCAUGGCCCAGCGGGCAGUGUGGCUCAUAAGCCACGAACCAGGAACUCCACUUUGUGGCACCGUCAGGUUCUCCAGAAGAUACCCAACUGUUGAAAAACGAGCCAAAAUCUUCAAUGGAGCAAGUUACGUGCCUAUACCUGAAGAUGGUCCCUUUCUUAAAGCACUGCUCUUCGAACUUAGGUUAUCGAAUGAUGAUAAGGACUUUGUUCAGAGUCGUGAUAGCUGCUCACACAUCAACAAAACUUCUGUCUAUGGACUCCCACUAGGAGGUGAAGAACUCUGGCCAGUUGUUGCUUUCCUGAAGAAUGACAUGAUAUAUGCUUGUGCUCCACUUGUUGAACAAGUGUUAGCCCCUCGUCCCACAUUAAUUAGUAUCAGUGGAAUUUCACAAGGCUUUGAACUACUUUUCGGGAUGCAGGAUUUUCUUUACUCAGGUCAAAAAAGUGACACUGAGCUAAAUACAAAAUUGAACCAAUUGUCAGAUUUGCUUCUACAGACUUGUCCAUUUGGUACUUUGUUAGAUGCCAAUUUACAGAAUUCAUUAGAUAGUAUUAAUUUGGCUUCUGUAAUUCAGUCACAAAAGCAGCCAGCCUGGAAAACUGGAACAUACAAAGGAAAGCCACAAGUUUCUAUUUCUAUCACUGAAAAGGUCAAAUCCAUGCAGUAUGAUAAACAGGAUAUAGCAGAUACAUGGCAAGUUGUGGGAGCUGUCACUUGCAAGUGUGAUUUAGAAGGAAUCAUGCCAAAUGUUACCAUCAGCUUGAGUCUCCCCACCAAUGGAUCUCCACUUCAGGAUAUACUAGUUCAUCCUUGUGUGACUUCUCUUGACUCUGCCAUUCUGACUUCGAGCAGUAUUGAUGCAAUGGAUGAUUCUGCAUUUAGUGGCCCUUACAAGUUUCCUUUCAGUCCACCUUUGGAAUCAUUCAACUUAUGCUACUAUACUUCCCAGGUCCCUGUCCCACCAAUUUUGGGUUUUUACCAAAUGAAAGAAGAAGACAUACAAUUAAAGAUAACAGUUAAUUUAAAACUUCAUGAAAGUGUGAAAAAUAAUUUUGAAUUUUGUGAAGCUCAUAUGCCUUUUUACAAUAGAGGUCCAAUCACACAUGUGGAAUACAAAGCUAGUUUCGGCCAACUUGAAGUAUUUCGAGAGAAAAGCUUAUUGAUCUGGAUUAUUGGACAGAAGUUCCCCAAAUCAAUGGAAAUUAGUCUUUCUGGAACAAUAACUUUUGGGGCCAAGAGCCAUGACAAACAGCCAUUUGACCAGAUUUGCAUUGGAGGUACAGCGUAUUUAAAGCUUCAUUUUAAGAUCUUAGAUUACACUCUCACUGGGUGUUACGCAGAUCAGCAUUCGGUUCAAGUUUUUACAUCAGGAAAACCAAAGAUAAGUACACACCGGAAACUAGUUUCUUCUGACUAUUACAUCUGGAAUUCUAAGGCCCCUGCUCCAGUAACAUAUGGAUCAUUAUUACUAUAACUCUCUCAUGUUUAAGUGCGACUUAUACAAACUGACAUAGCUUAAAUUAAAUCACUCUUUUGUUUUUAAUAUAUAUGUAUAUAACCCAUCAGUAAAAAGCAAUUAUUGAAUCAUUUACUAAUAAAAGGCUCCAUUUUCAUGUUUUUAGCCUGCUAUGGUUUGAAAGAACAUUUUAAAGACUAAUGUCUCCAAUUUGUUUCCUUUUUAUUUUACUCAAAUAUGAGUCAGCACAUUAAACAGUGUAGGCUUAUUUCAGGCUAGUCCUUGAUGUCCCUGCCUUACAUGUUCUGCCCAUGUGGCAGACAUGACUAAUCGAUCAGAGCCUCUUUGUCCUCUUUAAGUCUCCUGGGUAGAGGCUCAGGAUCUUUAGUACAUACAACAACUCCUGAUGGAAUAUGGUUGAUAUGCAAGAUAAAAAAAACUUUGCUUUCCCAACCUCAGUACAAAAUUCCUAGUGCAAUGUGUUGUUAUAGAAUACCAUAGACCACAUUAGAAACAACUGUAUAUAAAUUCCUGAAAAAAGAGCCAAGGAAAAUAGUUUAAACAGUAAUCUUCUUAAUCAAAAUUAUUUAUUGGCUAAUAACCCUUCUAUUUAAGAUGUUUUUGUUUUAGAAUGACUUUUCGGAUAAGCUUAUUAAUCUGCCAUAAUAACAUUUCGCUUACAAUGUCAGUAAGCACAUUAAGAUGGACGGGAUACCGUCAGAAGAUGAACAGAGUAUUUUGUAAUCCCUUAAUGUCUGUAGCUAAAUUUUUAAAUAUAAAUUUACAUAUAUUUCUUGCCUGUGUUUUAUCAUAUUGAUAUUAAUGAAUAAAUGCAGAU